AUGAAGCCGAGCCUGGCAUCCAGGCGGGCGGUGGCGGAGACAGUCACUACCCGAGGAGGAGCUGCGAGCCCAAAGGAGCGCGACGUGUCUGCCGCGAUCAUGGCCUGUCGCCGUGUGAUCCGCGACGAUGGCGCUCUCGGUUCGGCCGCGGAGGAGGUCGAGCUGGCGUCUGUGGCGGCCGAGCCCCUCGCCCGCUGGCUCACGCUGAAGGUCUCCCUGGAGGUGGACAACUUCGGCGACAUGCUGUGGGAGACCUACCAGGGCGCGGUCAAAGGCACGGGCUGCGCCGAGAAGCUCAAGAUGCUGCCCGACGACCUGGAGGCCUGGAAUGAUAUGGCGCAGUCCUUGCGUUCACAGAAGAUCGCAAGCUGGGCGUGCGUCGUGACCGUGGCCGCCUUCGCGGUGGUCCUCGGCUCAGAGACGGGUCGCAAUCGCUUCCUGGGCUACCUGACGCUGUCUGGGUGCACGCUGGCGAUGGUCUGGGGCGGCUGGCGGAGGCCGAGGGCCGCCGAGGACCAAGCAACGGCGCGCGGCGACUCGAGCGAGGGCGACUGCAUGGCCAAGCCGCCCAAGCAGGAGGUGACCACCGAGAGCCAGGAAUCCCAGACCCUCGCCGAGCUGCACGCGGAGAACGAGCGGCUGCGCGCGGGAGUGCCGUCGGCCGCGUUCCGAGCUUUCGCGGAGGAUCGCGCUCCCGACGGGCCGCUCUCGAGAACCGCCGCGGGAGCCGCAGCGGACAGCGCGGGUGUGUACGCGCCCGUCGCGCCGGGCUGCCAUGCGAAGACGAAGGCGCAGGCGGCGCGCGUACAGGAGGCGCCGAUGGCGGCGAUGGCGGCGAUGGCGCAGCAGUCCACCAACCCAUACUGGGCUUGGUCCUUUUGGCAGUGGGUGGCGGAGGCCAACGAGACGGAGCCGUUCGAGCAGGAGAUCAUGAGGUUGCUGAUGUCAAACGGCCACGUUGGACCUGCCACCCGAUCGCCCCCACGCGAGUCGUUGAAGAGCGAGCUUGAGCUGGCGGCGCUGCACGCGAAGCCCACACACGGAGCAGGUGCGCUGGACGGUGAUGGCGUGUAUUCCCGGGACGAUUGCGGCCUCACCCAGGACCAGGAGCUGGCCAGGUGGAACGCGAGCCUCCCGCCCGACCGGACGAGGGCCGCCCUCGAGAUUUACCGAUCCAUGAGGAGUGCGGGGGCGGCAUCGGUUCGCGACUGGUUGGCGCAGGGGUACACUGGCAACAAGAGCGCCCAGCUCCGGAUAGAUCUUUGGAAUGCCGCCACGUCCAUCGAUUUCACCACGGCCCGAGUCAAGUCGCAGGUGGAGCUCCUCAACCUGUUGGCCGGUGACGACGGUUUGGAGAUGAACCUACGGAGGAUCGCGAGCUCCGUCUAUGACAAGCGGACGGGCGACAAGUCAGGCGCCCAGAAGAUGCUUGCCAUUCCCCCUCCAGGGGCUGGGGUCGACCUGGCCCCGACCUGGCUCGUCACGGAAGCCACGGCCCAUUCAAAGAUGGAGCAUCAAAGGGCUGAGAGGGACGUGGAGCUGGACGCGGCGGCGUUGGUGGUGCUGGGCGGGGAGAGGGACGAGGAGGUCAGGGUGGGGGACAUGGUGGAGCAGCCGACGGAGGUGGAGGCGCUGGAGCAGCCCAAGGUGGAGCACGGGGAGGCGGUCGCGGGCGAGGCCCGCAAGGGCGCGGCCGCCCCCAGGGCUGACGACACUCCGGGGGCCAGGGGAGCACCCGAGCUGUGGGUGCCCGUGGGCCACCGAGCCCAGGCUCGUUCCCUGGACGCCGAGUUCUUCCAGAACCUGCCGGUGUCAGCCGGCAUGGUUGCCUUGAUCAACGGCGUGGACGCGGGCCACCUUCGGACAGCGUCGACGAGCCGCGCGGCUGGGAUAUCUACCACGACGAGAGCGGCUUGGAGAAGCGUGCACGCCUUCGCGCUGAAGGAGACGGCUAGCUUAGAGCGCGACUGCCGGGGCCUGGGCCUGACAGGCGGUCCACCAGACGGACACGUUCGAGAGGUCGCGGGCCCUGAGAGCUACACCCGGUCUCCAGGGGCCCUGCGCGUUGCACCUAAGCCGAUGCACCUUCUCGACAUUGACGAGCCGAAGGACGACUCCAUUGUGGACACGCUCUCGGCACUCCCAGAGCACGAGAGGCGCUUCUACGAGCACGAGGCCAGCAUGUUCUCCUACGUCGGCCAGGCCGAUGCCGUGAUCUGCGAGCUGGAAGACCAGCACGCGGUCGUGAACGGCACGGAGGAGGGCUAUGCCACCUACCUGUGCCGCGAGGAUCUUCCGAAGGGGAUGUGGUCGUUCGUCCCCGCCUCCGAGGCCAUGGCUUUCGGCGGCUUCAGCACGGUGCCCAAAAAGGCCCCCUCGAAGCAGCGAGAGGUGCUGAUGAAUGCCCCUGCCAACUACAUGUGGAUGGACCCUACGGAGCGGGCCGACCACGGCCUGGCUGGGGGAGAGGCCCCAGCACAAUGGGUGGUGCCAGCGGACCACUGGGAGAUUGCAGCGUUCGACGAGAACAACGCGUUCACCAGGAUUCGGGCGCGGCCGUGGUACGCCCGCUGGCAAGCCACUCCGUCGCUGAAGGCCUGGCGAGGGUGGCAUUUGCUGACUCCAGAAGUGCAGCAGGAGGUCACGGAGCAAGGCUGGGUCGCGCCGCUGCAUCACCGCCUGGCCAUAGGCGGCUCCCACUCGGUGCACAUCCUGAUGUCCACCAACCUCACCACGAUAGGUCGGGCACUCUCGGGCGCGGGGGCCCGCCUCGCGCAGGAGAGCGACGCCGACGAGCCGUGCAUCCCAGACGAGUGCGACCAGCGCGAGGAGGACGACUUCCCAGACCUGGACGUGGACGACGAGACGCGGGUGAAGCAGAACCACGUGGCCAAGUCGAAGGGCGCGGGGCAGUCGAGCUACACCGUGGCAGGCCAGACUCGCGCCGCCUGUGCGGCGCGGCGUCGGACCACUCGCGUGUUCGUGGUCAUGCACCUGUUCGCGGGCGAGCGUCGCAGUGACGACGCGCAGGCGCAGCUGGAGCCCCGCUGCGAGGAGGCUGACCUGGAGCUGCUGUUCCUCUCCGCGGACCUGGCGACGAACGCGGCCUGGGACCUGGCCGAGCCCGACAGGGCGAAUGUGCUCGCGGUGAACCUCAUGGCCAUGUGCGAGGCGGUCGUCGUGAGCGGAGGUCGCCACCUCGUGGAGCACCCGGAGGAUAACAGAGGGAAGUUCAACACCAGCCACCUGCAGACCUACCCCAGGGAGCUCUGCGACAAGAUAGCCUCCAUAACCUUCGACGCGCCGCCGCGGCGGUUCCACGCCGAGAACGCCAGACCCACCAGUGGCCAGGUGCCCGAGGGCGCUCGACCCAGGGUCUCAGCGUGGGGCGAGCGGUGCUCGCUACGCCGGGCGGUGGCCAUCCGAAAUGAAGAUGCAGCGCGAGGCCGAGGGCUGGUCCUACGUCAGCGGCGGUUGGGCCUCUACCUGCACGUGGACGACGGCGUGUGCAUUGGCCCGGGCGAGCACCCCGGUGCCGCGAACAGGCUGAUGGAGCAGCUCGCCGACGAGCUGGAGCUUACGAAGGUGGUGGGCUACGAGGUGAUCAAGCGGCCCGUGAGCCUGAGGCUGCCCAAUCAGAAGAGAGUGGCCAUCGCGCAGGAGCUGGAGCGGCCGUCGAGGGCCGAGUGGGUCCACACCGACGACGCACGGUCUAUUGUGGGGUCUUGGGUAUGGGGAGCGCUGCUGAGGAGGGACUUGCUCAGCAUUCCCUCCGCCGUCUUCAAGUUCCUCGACCUGUUCCCCGAACGCUGA